CCUCUUAUCUCUGUCAUUUCAGAAUGAUAACCUGUCUGUACCAUUUGAGAAUAUGACGCAAGCUGUGGAUGGCGAGAAAACGCUCGAGAAGCUGCUAGAGUUCGCCGGGAACAAGACUGUUUCAAAUAACUCUGUGUUCUAUUUUUUUACAAAUCGAAGUAUACUAAAGGAAAGCGGUAAACAACAUGAAACUGAUCAAGUACCAGUUGAACUUUUCGAAAUGAACACCAGGGGAACGUUCUGUAGUACGAACGCGAGUGCUGCAGUUGUGAACAUUCCAAAUGAAGCACUUGGUAUUGACUUCGCUGCCCGUGCGACGGCGUUUGUAUUCGGGUCAACAAGGUAUACGAGCUUUACUCCGAGCGAUCGGCGAUAUAUGAAUGAGACGUUCUUACGAUGCCACCAAGAGACAAAAGUUGAACAGCAGGCAGCAAGAUGAAAGAAUUGGUCACACGUUUCUUUCUGCUGGUCAUUUGAGGAAUAAAUAAACUAUUACAAGGCCUGGUUA